AUGUCUCCCUCUCUCUCUUCAACAUUCAGUUCGUUACAUAACGCUGCCCGUGUAGUCGUUGCUCGCGCAGUCAGCUCCUCCGAGGCUGCUUCUCUGGGAGGAAAGAAAGCAAAGACACCCAUCAUCGCCGGCAGCAUCUGCGGAGGUGUCCUCUUUCUCGCAUGGGUCAUAGGCUUCGCUAUAUACUUCAGAAAGAGGAUCAACCGCAAGAAACGCAACAGGCUCAUUGCACAGGGCAAGGCAACGCCCAGAGAGAAGGACUUGGACAUCCCCACUGAGAAAAUCGUCAUCCCUCCCGACCCAGCCGUACUCCUUGGCCGUGCCAAACCGGGUGAGAAUGUCUUCCCAGAGCGUCAGCAUUCAAAGGACGGCCACCACCACCACCUGCCAUGGUCAACUCCCUCCCGGCAUGGCUCACACUCGACUACCAACGGUUCUACUCCUAAUCGUACCCCGGGCCUUGUCGAAAGCAGCAUCAUGUCCAACAAGCUGGUUUCCUCCCCGCGACCACAGGACGACGAUAUUGUCGAUACAAUGACGGUCCCGUCCAACGUGUAG